UAAGAAUUUGACUGAUAUAUACUAUAUUUUUGUAUCAAAAUAAUUAUGUGGUUAUUUAAGAAAUUAUUUGGCAAAUCAAACGUGGAAGAAAGCCGGAACACAGAAGCAUCUGGAAUCGAUGCAAUACCAAAUACGGACUUAGCAGGAUCGAGCUGCAGUUCGCAAUCUCCUCCAAUUGAACAGGUAACGAUGGUGUGUAAUGAGACGUCAGUUUCGGACAGUAAUUUAAGUAUCCGCGGUAGUGUCGUUUGUGAUGAUCUACCACAAAGGCAACUAUUACCUGUAGAAAAGACAGAGCUCAAGAUAGAACACGUUUAUAAUUUACGUAGUCGUAGCAAAAAUUCAAUUUCAGAGAGCCUUAAUGUAAAUGAAGAAGGUUUAACUUCUCGAGUUGUGAAUGAUGAAAAGACAAUCUGUGGACAAAAACAAUCCAUUCAUGCUCAAGAUCUUGGUAAGCGAAAGAAGGAUGAAUUCACUCAAAAUGGUGGUGGUGAUACUAUAAGCCGUUCGGUUGUAAUAAAUGAAACAAAAGUUGAGAAGAAACUCAAUAUUGCAAAACGUAAAAGGUGUAGCACUGAUGAGGCUGCAACAGCUAAAAGGAUACGUACUGAGGACGAGGAUGGAAAUGAUGCUUCCAAUAUGGACACAAGGGAUGCUGAAUAAGAAGAGUAAAACUUGAAAUAUAACUAAAGUAAAAGUCCACCUUAAUAAGUAUUUAUUUUCGUAUAUUUAGAGUUAGUCAUAUAUAGAGUUAUAAUUUAAUUCUGGCAUUAAAAAAAUUCUUUGUCAAUUUUCUGCAAGGAAAGCUUUUUUCUCAAUAAAGAAACUUAUUGCCACCUACACACCUAAGGUAAAGUGAAAGGUUUCAACAGGUUUUACAGGAUAUAUAUAAAAGGGAUUAUGGGGUGUAGGAUUGCUAGCAGGCUAUUGUUGAUCAUAUUUAACAAAAACGAAUCCUUCCUACUUUAAAAAAUAUGACGUGGACAGACAUUUACCACAUUCUGAAAAUUAUAUACAA